UUUUUUAAUUUUUAGUUGUCGUGCCUUUGAUACUCCAUUCUACAUUGGUAUGGUUAUACCUUUUGUCAUCGUUUACUCAUUCAUCUGGGUUAUGUUUAUUGUUAUCAUAAUCUCUCUGUUAAUGUCAUCAAGAAUCAAAGAUGGCAAUAAAAGGAAAGUUUUAAAACCUUCAUAUAAGUAUCAGUUGGCUACAUUAUUGGUUCAUUCUACGUUGUUUUGUCUAUCUUCAGUGCUAAUGUUACUAAUGACAGAGGACACUUUCACUAAUAAAGCUAUUCGAGAUCUAGUUGCUUCUCUAUUCGUAUUACUGACUGGAUCUCAUGGUCUUUUUCUUUUUGUAGUGCAUUGUCUUUGUACAAAAGAAUUUUACCGUAUCUGCAAAAAAGUUUUCUUUGGCAUUAAAAGUCUUUUACUACAUACUGUUCACAAGAAGCCCUCCAUUGACAGGAAUGAAACAGUGACAUCCACAAAUCAGUAUCUUGAAACGAAGCUUAAUUCUAAUAUUUCUCAUGAUAACUCCUCAAACCAUUUAGAGCAGUUAUUAGUUAAAUAUUCAAUAUCUGCUUCUCAAAUUAAUUUGCAAGAAGCAGUUGGACAAGGCGAAUUUGGUAUAGUGUAUAGAGCUUUAUUAGCAACUGGUAAAGAUGUACCACAAGUAGUUGCUGUUAAAACGCUCAAAGGAUUGUUCUCAAGAAGUGAUGUUGCUUCCAUUGUUGAAGAAAGUCUCAUCAUGUCAAAUUUUGAUCAUCCAAAUGUGCUUUCUCUUAUUGGUGUGAGUCUGGAUUUGGGACCAGCUCCAUGUAUUAUUAUGCCAUUCAUGUCAAGAGGAAGUUUAUUAUCUUACUUAAAAAACGAUAGACUUAACAUUACAAUAACUGAUGGCAAAGAUGAAGAAAUUAUUCUGAAUGUCAGGAAGCAUUUGCUUUCAAUUUGUCUACAAGUUGCUAAUGGAAUGUGUUACUUGGCUUCACAAUAUUUUGUGCAUCGUGACCUUGCUGCUAGAAACUGCAUGAUUGAUAAUAAUGGAGUAAUUAAAGUUGCCGAUUUUGGUCUAUCAGAAGAAGUAUACACAAAAACCUAUUUCAAUCAAUUUAAAGACAAAAAUGAGGCUGAAUCUGUGAAACUGCCAAUUAAAUGGAUGGCAAUUGAGAGUAUUCAUGAUGGGAUAUUUUCAGAGAAAUCAGAUGUUUGGUCAUAUGGUGUACUCUGUUGGGAAGUUUUUAAUGGAGGCAAAACUCCAUUUCCAGGAUUGGAUCCAGCAGGAGUGAUUCAGUUACUGGAUACUGGAGGACGAUUGAACUAUCCUCAUAAUGAUGCUUGCUCUGAUACAAUUUAUGAACUGAUGCUGUCAUGUUGGUAUGAGUCUCCUAAUGAUAGACCAUUGUUCAGUGAAUUGAAUACAUCAAUUAAUGCACUCAUUAAUCCACUGGCUCAAUAUCUCAGUCUACAAUUAUAAAGUUUUGUGGAAGACUUAUAUAACAAAAAUAAUACUUUUAAUAAACUUAGCUAGUAAAGUAGUGAUUUCAUGACAGUUAUAAUGUGAUGCAUAAUUUGUGUAAUUUCUUACUUUGUAGUUAUGUGAGGAGCCUUGCAGUUAUAGAAGGAUAGCCUCACUUUAGUUAGUUUAUAGUGUGUCUUCUUUUGAAAAAGAUUUUGUUGUGUGACAGUUC